UCACCCCUCCCCCAGGUUCCUCAGGCAGACAGAUAGCAGCAGCGUUAUUGCAUUAAAAGAGCUAUUUCCAGCCUGCAUCGAUCCAGUGGAAAAUUCGACUUCUAACGAGAGAAUGGAUACCAGCGGCGUGAAAGUUCUCGAGACAGCCGAUGACAUCCAGGAGCGUCGGCAGCAGGUCCUGGACCGUUACCGGCGCUUUAAGGAGCUGUCAGUGGUGCGCAGGCAGAAACUAGAGGACUCGUACCGCUUCCAGUUCUUUCGCCGCGAUGCAGACGAGCUGGAGAAAUGGAUCCAGGAGAAGCUGCAGAUCGCUUCUGAUGAGAACUACAAGGACCCCAGCAACCUUCAGGGAAAGCUCCAGAAACACCAGGCCUUUGAAGCAGAGGUGCAGGCCAACUCUGGCGCCAUCGUCAAACUGGACGAAACUGGCAACCUCAUGAUCUCCGAGAGCCACUUCGCCUCCGAGACCAUCCGGAGUCGCUUAGAGGAGCUGCAUCGGCUGUGGGACCUGCUGCUGCAGAAGACUAAAGAGAAAGGUGUGCGUCUGCUCCAGGCCCAGAAACUGGUGCAGUACCUGAGGGAGUGUGAGGAUGCCCUGGACUGGAUCACCGACAAGGAAGCCAUUGUCACCUCUGAGGAGCUGGGUCAGGACCUGGAGCAUGUGGAGGUCCUGCAGAAGAAAUUUGAGGAGUUCCAGACAGACAUGGCAGCCCAUGAGGAGCGAGUGAACGAGGUGAACCAGGCUGCAGCGAAGCUAACUCAGGAGAACCACCCAGAGACCGAGCUGAUCCUGAAGAAGCAGGAGGAAGUGAACGCAGCAUGGCAGAGGCUGAAGGGCCUGGCCCAGCAGAGACAGGGCAAACUGUUUGGGGCCGCCGAAGUGCAGCGUUUCAACCGGGAUGUGGACGAAACCAUCAGCUGGAUCAAAGAGAAAGAGCAGCUCAUGGCCUCUGACGAUUUCGGACGUGACCUGGCCAGCGUUCAGGCUCUGCUUCGCAAACAUGAGGGGCUUGAGAGAGACCUGGCUGCUCUGGAGGAUAAGGUGAACACUCUGGGUGGCGAAGCGGAGCGUCUGCAGCAAACUCAUCCCCAGAAUGCCUCUCAGAUCCACCUCAAGCGAGACGAGCUCAUUACCAACUGGGAGCAGAUCCGGACUCUGGCUGCUGAGCGCCACGCCCGCCUCAAUGACUCUUACAGGCUUCAGCGUUUCACCGCGGACUUCCGUGACCUCACCAGCUGGGUGACGGAGAUGAAGGCUCUGAUCAACGCUGAUGAACUGGCCAACGACGUCGCCGGGGCUGAAGCUCUGCUCGACCGACACCAGGAACACAAGGGAGAGAUCGAUGCCCAUGAGGACAGCUUUAAGGCCACGACUGAGGCGGGGGAGGCUCUCCUGAACACUGGACACUACGCAUCAGAGGAGGUCAAGGAGAAGCUGGGCAUUCUGGCAGAGGAGAAAGAGUCUCUGCUGGAGCUGUGGGAGCUGCGCAGACAGCAGUAUGAACAGUGCAUGGACCUGCAGCUUUUCUACAGGGACACUGAGCAGGUCGACAACUGGAUGAGCAAGCAGGAGGCUUUCCUCCUGAAUGAGGACCUGGGUGACUCUCUGGACAGCGUAGAGGCCCUGCUGAAGAAACAUGAAGACUUUGAGAAAUCGCUCAGUGCCCAAGAGGAGAAGAUCACUGCCCUGGAUGAAUUUGCCACCAAGUUGAUCCAGAACAACCAUUAUGCCAAGGAGGACGUGGCCACCCGCAGAGACGCAUUGUUGAGCAGACGUAAUGCUCUGCACAAUCGUGCUCAGUCCCGCCGUGCCGCCCUGGAGGACUCCUUCCACCUGCAGCAGUUUUUCCGUGACUCUGAUGAACUCAAGAGCUGGAUCAAUGAGAAGAUGAAAACCGCCACAGAUGAAGCCUACAAGGACCCCUCCAACCUGCAGGGAAAAGUGCAGAAGCACCAGGCCUUCGAGGCAGAGCUUUCUGCCAAUCAGAGCCGUAUCGACGCUCUGCAAAAGUCAGGUCAGGAGCUGAUCGAUGGGAAACACUAUGCCUCUGCUGAGGUGGCCACUCGCAUGGAUGAGGUCAGUUCCCAGUGGAAGAAACUUCUAGAAGCCACUGAGCUCAAAGGAAUUAAGCUGCGUGAAGCCAACCAGCAGCAGCAGUUUAACCGUAACGUGGAGGACAUUGAGCUGUGGCUCUAUGAAAUGGAGGGUCACCUGGCCUCCGAUGACUAUGGCAAAGACCUGACCAGUGUUCAGAACCUUCAGAAGAAGCAUGCCUUACUGGAAGCUGACGUGGCUGCACACCAGGACCGCAUUGAUGGCAUCACCAUCCAGGCCCGACAGUUCCAGGAAGCCGGCCACUUUGAUGCCGAUAACAUCCGGAAGAAGCAGGAGGCUCUGGUAGCGCGCUACGAGGCUCUGAAGGAGCCCAUGGCUGCAAGAAAACAGAAGCUGUCGGACUCUCUGCGACUGCAGCAGCUGUUCCGUGACGUGGAGGACGAGGAGACUUGGAUCAGAGAGAAGGAACCCAUCGCGUCCUCUACCAACAGGGGUAAAGAUCUGAUUGGUGUGCAGAACUUGCUGAAGAAGCACCAGGCCCUGCAGGCAGAGAUCACCGGGCAUGAGCCCCGCAUCAAGGCUGUUACUCAAAAGGGCGAGGCCAUGGUGGAUGAGGGACACUUUGCUGGUGAAGAUGUGAAGACCAAGCUAGCAGAGCUGCAUGGACGCUGGGAGACUCUGAAAGGGAAGGCAGCUCAGCGCAGGCAGGAUCUGGAGGACUCCUUGCAGGCCCAGCAGUACUUCGCUGAUGCCAACGAGGCCGAGUCCUGGAUGAGGGAGAAGGAGCCCAUUGUAGGCAGCACUGACUAUGGCAAGGACGAGGACUCGGCUGAGGCCCUGCUGAAGAAACACGAGGCACUGACGUCAGACCUGAGUGCUUAUGGAAGCAGCAUCCAGUCCCUGAAGGAGCAGGCUCAGGCCUGCAGGCAACAAGUUGCCCCUACUGAUGAUGAGACCGGUAAGGAGUUGGUGCUGGCUCUCUAUGACUACCAGGAGAAAAGUCCUCGCGAAGUCACCAUGAAGAAAGGGGACAUCCUCACCCUGCUUAACAGCACCAAUAAGGAUUGGUGGAAAGUGGAGGUGAAUGACAGGCAGGGCUUUGUGCCGGCAGCGUACGUUAAAAAGCUGGACCCGACUCAGUCGUCCUCCCGCGAGAACCUGCUGGAUGAGCAGGGCAGCAUCGCGCUGCGCCAGGAGCAGAUUGAAAACCAGUAUGGCACCCUGCUGGAACUGGGCGAGAAGCGGAAGAACAUGUUAGAGAAGAGCUGUAAGAAGUUUAUGCUGUUCCGCGAGGCCAACGAGCUGCAGCAGUGGAUCAACGAGAAGGAGGGAGCCCUGACCAACGAGGAGGUGGGGUCUGACCUCGAACAGGUGGAAGUGCUGCAGAAGAAGUUUGAUGAUUUCCAGAAGGACCUGAAGGCAAACGAGUCUCGUCUGAGGGACAUCAACAAGGUGGCAUCAGAGCUGGAGUCGGAGGGACUGAUGGCCGAGGAGGCUCCGAUGGUGCAGGCUCAGCAGCAAGAGCUGUUGGGCUCGGCUCCUGGGAAGGACGAAACUGAUUCCAAAACUGCCUCUCCUUGGAAGUCUGUUCGCAUGGUUAUCCAAACGACGGCUAACUUUAAUACUAUUAAGGAGCUGAAUAACCGCUGGAGAUCGCUGCAGCAGCUGGCAGAGGACAGGAGUAACAUGCUGGGAAGCGCCCACGAGGUGCAGAGGUUCCAUAGGGAUGCUGAUGAGACCAAAGAAUGGAUCGAGGAGAAGAACCAGGCCCUAAACACUGACAACUAUGGCCAUGAUCUAGCCAGCGUUCAGGCUCUGCAGCGCAAACAUGAGGGCUUCGAGAGAGACCUGGCUGCUCUGGGAGACAAGGUGAACUCUCUGGGCGAGACAGCAGAGCGUCUGAUCCAGUCCCAUCCCGAGGCUGUGGACGAUAUUCAGGAGAAAUGUACGGAGCUGAACACGGCCUGGAGCAGCCUGGUGGGACGCGCCGAUCAGCGCAAGGACAAACUGGGCAACUCGCACGACCUGCAGCGCUUCCUCAGUGACUUCAGGGAUCUGAUGUCCUGGAUCAAUGGUAUCCGUGGACUGGUGUCUUCUGAUGAGCUCGCCAAGGAUGUGACCGGAGCUGAAGCACUGCUGGAGCGACACCAGGAGCACAGGACCGAGAUCGACGCCCGUGCUGGAACCUUCCAGGCCUUCGAGCAGUUUGGGCAGCAGCUGCUGGCACGUGGUCACUACGCCAGUCCUGAGAUCCAGCAGAAACUGGAGGCUUUGGACCGCGAGAGGGCGGACCUGGAGAAGGCCUGGGUGCAGCGCAGGAUGAUGCUGGAUCAGUGUCUGGAGCUGCAGCUGUUUAACCGUGACUGCGAGCAGGCUGAGAACUGGAUGGCAGCGAGAGAAGCUUUCCUGGCCACUGACGAUAAGGGCGACUCCCUCGACAGCGUGGAGGCUCUCAUCAAGAAGCACGAGGACUUCGACAAAGCCAUCAAUGUGCAGGAAGAGAAGAUCGCUGCACUGCAGUCCUUUGCCGACCAGCUCAUUUCUGCUGACCAUUACGCCAAACCAGAGAUCUUCAACCGCCGCAACGAAGUCUUGGACAGGUGGCGCCGUCUGAAGGCUCAGAUGAUCGAGAAACGCUCCAAGCUGGGCGAGUCUCAAACUCUGCAACAGUUCAGCCGAGACGUGGAUGAGAUCGAAGCCUGGAUCAGUGAGAAGCUACAGACGGCCACUGACGAGUCCUAUAAAGACCCAACUAACAUCCAGCUGUCCAAGCUGCUGAGCAAGCACCAGAAACACCAGGCGUUCGAGGCAGAGCUUCACGCCAACGCUGACCGUAUCCGGGGUGUGAUCGAUACAGGAAAUGCACUCAUCCAGAGGGGCGCGUGUGCAGGAAGUGAGGAUGCCGUCAAGUCUCGUCUGGUGGCUCUAGAUGAACAGUGGAAGUUCCUGGUGAACAAAUCAGCUGAGAAAAGUCAGAAACUGAAGGAAGCCAACAAGCAGCAGAACUUCAACACCGGCAUAAAGGACUUCGACUUCUGGCUGUCGGAGGUUGAAGCUCUUCUCGCCUCUGAAGAUUAUGGGAAGGAUCUAGCCUCCGUCAACAACCUGCUGAAGAAGCACCAGCUUCUGGAGGCUGACAUCUCUGCGCAUGAGGAUCGUCUGAAGGACCUCAAUGGCCAGGCUGACAGCCUGAUGGCCAGCAACGCCUUUGACACCUCUCAAGUGAAAGAUAAGCGUGAUGCCGUUAACGGACGUUUUGCUAAAAUCAAGAGCAUGGCUGCUGGACGCCGAGCCAAGCUGAACGAGUCACACCGCCUGCACCAGUUCUUCAGAGACUUGGACGAUGAAGAAUCUUGGAUCAAAGAGAAGAAGUUGUUGGUGAGUUCGGAGGAUUAUGGACGUGAUUUGACAGGAGUACAGAAUCUGAGGAAGAAGCAUAAGAGACUGGAGGCUGAGCUGGGAGCUCACGAGCCGGCCAUUCAGUCUGUGCUCGACACGGGGAAGAAGCUGUCCGAUGACAACACCAUUGGGCAGGACGAGAUCCAGCAGAGGCUGGCGCAGUUUGUCGAGCACUGGAAGGAGCUGAAGGAUUUGGCUGCUGCCAGGGGGCAGAGGCUGGAGGAAUCGCUGGAGUAUCAGCAGUUUGUGGCGAAUGUAGAGGAAGAAGAAGCCUGGAUUAAUGAGAAGCUGAAUCUGGUUGGAAGUGAGGACUAUGGUGACACGCUGGCGGCUGUGCAGGGCUUGCUGAAGAAGCAUGAGGCGUUCGAGACAGACUUCACCGUGCACAGGGACCGAGUGAACGACGUGUGCGCUAACGGAGACGAACUCAUCAAGAAGGAGAACCACCAUGUGGACAACAUCACGGCUAAGAUGAAAUCCCUGCGUGGCAAAGUAGCUGAGCUGGAGAGAGCCGCCGCUCAGAGGAAGGCCAAGUUGGACGAGAACUCGGCCUUCCUGCAGUUUAACUGGAAGGCUGAUGUGGUGGAGUCGUGGAUUGGUGAGAAAGAGAACAGUCUGAAGACGGACGAUUAUGGACGAGAUCUGUCAUCGGUCCAGACACUGCUCACUAAGCAGGAAACAUUUGAUGCUGGACUUCAGGCCUUCCAGCAGGAGGGCAUCACCAACAUCACUGCGCUGAAGGAUCAGCUCCUGGCAGCCAAACACGUGCAGUCUAAAGCCAUCGAGGCUCGUCACGCUACACUAAUGAAACGCUGGAACCAGCUGCUGUCCAACUCCGCAGCUCGCAAGAAGAAGCUGCUGGAGGCUCAGGAACACUUCAGAAAGGUGGAGGAUCUGUUCCUAACCUUUGCUAAGAAAGCGUCGGCCUUUAACAGCUGGUUUGAGAAUGCCGAGGAGGAUCUGACCGACCCAGUGAGGUGUAACUCUCUGGAGGAGAUCAGGGCUCUACGUGAGGCCCACGAUGCGUUCCGCUCUUCCCUGAGCUCCGCUGAGGCCGACUUCAACCAGCUGGCUGAGCUCGACCGUCAGAUCAAGAGCUACCACGUGGUGUCUAACCCCUACACCUGGUUCACCAUGGAGGCUCUGGAGGAGACCUGGAGGAACCUGCAGAAGAUCAUCAAGGAGCGCGAGCUGGAGCUGCAGAAGGAGCAGAGGAGGCAGGAGGAGAAUGACAAGCUAAGACAGGAGUUUGCUCAGCAUGCUAACGCCUUCCACCAGUGGCUCCAGGAGACCAGGACAUACCUUCUGGAUGGAUCCUGUAUGGUGGAAGAGUCUGGAACUCUGGAGUCUCAACUGGAGGCCACGAAGCGCAAGCACCAGGAGAUCCGUGCUAUGCGCAGCCAGCUGAAGAAGAUUGAGGAUCUGGGCGCGGCCAUGGAGGAGGCCCUGAUCCUAGACAACAAGUACACGGAGCACAGCACAGUGGGACUUGCGCAGCAGUGGGAUCAGCUCGACCAGCUGGGAAUGAGGAUGCAGCACAACCUCGAGCAGCAGAUCCAAGCCAGAAACACAACAGGAGUCACAGAGGAGGCUCUCAAGGAGUUCAGCAUGAUGUUCAAACACUUCGACAAAGAGAAAUCCGGCCGUCUGAAUCACCAGGAGUUCAAAUCCUGCCUGCGUUCUCUGGGCUACGACCUGCCCAUGGUGGAGGAAGGAGAACCAGACCCGGAGUUUGAAUCCAUUCUGGACACUGUGGACCCCAACAGGGAUGGCAACGUGUCCUUGCAGGAGUACAUGGCCUUCAUGAUAAGCCGCGAGACAGAGAACGUCAAGUCUAGCGAGGAGAUCGAGAGUGCUUUCCGUGCUCUGAGCGCCGAGAACAAACCGUAUGUCACCAAGGAGGAGCUCUACCAGAACCUAACCAAGGAGCAGGCGGAUUACUGCAUCUCACACAUGAAGCCAUAUUUAGACAGUAAAGGUCGUGAGCUCCCGUCUGCCUUCGACUUCGUGGAGUUCACGCGCUCGCUUUUCGUCAACUGAUCCCAGCUCCUCUGCCUGCCGAUGAUCAAUCGGGACGCGUUUCCCUUCAAGCACCAACACAGAGCCGAAUUGCAUGAAUCUAACGUUAACCUGGUCUUUAGCACUCUGUAUCUUUAUGUAGGAACCCGAUUCACUUUGAGCUGAUCUCUCACGCCAUCCGUGCUUCACUCUAGUGUAGUCUGUGUUAUUCUGUGGUUGUGUUUCCUGUUUCAGUGCUUGGGUUGAUUUAGAGAAACCUAUACAGAAAAUGAGCUGUAACACCACCCGUAAUUCUGCAGUGUGCAUUAAUAAACGCUACUGGUUAGAACUGG